GCCGUAAACUGGUCUACUAUAAACAAAAGUUAAAGCAUUAUAUUGUUUAUAGACAAUUUAUGGAUUUCGAAACUUCUAUUUUGUGUACAAGUUCUCAAAAUAGGUUGUUUUCACGGAGUUUAAUAGAUAGUCAGCCAGAAGAUUUGGAUAUGUGGAAGAAAAUACUGUAUAAGAAACAGGCUUUCCCUGAUAAUUAUGUUGAUCAGUCAUUUCUUUGUGAUUUAAACAAUGUGAAUGGUGAAUCUUACAGCAUACAACAGUCAUUUUUCUGUACAACUGCAGUUACACAGGAGAUUUGUUGCACUUGCAUAUUUGUGGUUAUUUUUGCGAACUUAGUUAGCGAGACAUUGUCACCCAGCUUUGUGAUAAGUAGCAGUGGAUUAUUGGUUGUGAUAUUUUACCUUUUCUUUUCCACAUUUCUUGACAAGACAUGCUACAAUCUCCUUUCAAAAGGAUUUGAAGAUCUGAAAAGUGUUGUGAUCUUCAUGUCCUUUGCCCUAGGAUUUUCCUCCAUUAUGAAAACACUGACAGAAACAAUUAGUACAGACACUGUAUACGCCAUGUCUACUUUCAUGUUUCUUGUUCACCUGGUGUUUCACGAUUAUGGAGCACAUGCCGUCAUAGUUUCUGAAACAAUUUCCAUAAAUGCUGCUGUGUUUGCUACUGUUUGUCUUGGGUCUCGUUUACCAAAUGAAAUUUACACAUUUGCAUUACUACUUAUCGGUGCUGAAGUUUUUGUCCUAUCACCUGUACCAAGAAGAUAUAUCCAAGAAAACUGUCCAUUUGGUCAGGUGGUUUUGACAGUUUUACUGACUUGUAUUACCAUGUUGCUUAUGGGUAGUUUUGAAACACCAUAUUUAUUAUGUACAACGAUAGUCUUGGUAUGUGUAAACUUUCUGUGUCCACUCUAUUUUGUCUACUGCCAAGCACAUAAAAGGCAUAUAUCUGGGCCUUGGGAUGAAGCAGUGGUCUGGAGCAGUUAAGAAAAGUUUGAUAAAAACUGUCGUGUGAAUAAGAAGUAAUUAAAUAAAGUGUUAUUUAAGAAACGUCGCUUGUGAAUGGAAUGUGGAGGAGCAUAGAUUGACUGGCACGCACUGCAAAUUGAAUGUGGAGGAGCAUAGAUUGACUGGCACGCACUGCAAAUUGAAUGUGGAGGAGCAUAGAUUGACUGGCAUGCACUGCAAAUUGAAUGUGGAGGAGCAUAGAUUGACUGGCAUGCACAGCGAAUUGAAUGUGGAGGAGCAUAGAUUGACUGGCAUCUAUGCGAAUUGAAUGUGGAGGAACAUAGAUUGACUGGCAUCUAUGCGAAUUGAAUGUGGAGGAGCAUAGAUUGACUGGCAUGCACAGCGAAUUGAAUGUGGAAGAGCAUAGAUUGACUGGCAUGCACUGUGAAUGGAAUGUGGAGGAACAUAGAUUGACUGGCAUGCACUGCAAAUGGAAUGUGAAGGAACAUAGAUUGACUGGCGUGCACUGUGAAUGGAAUGUGGAGGAACAUAGAUUGACUGCUUCUCUCAGUUUAACUGUAACAUUGAGUGAAAUAAUAAUACAGUGUAUUUCAGUAUACCUACAUAAGUCAAUACGCAUGAAGGAAAAGAUUUUGGCAAUAAAUACGUUCAUUUCUCUAAUUACUGUAUCCUGUUUGGUAAUUUCAUUACUGGUGAAUACGUAAUGAAUGUGUAGUUUUAGGUCGUCACCUAUAGGAAAAAUUACUGUCUUAUUGAUCAUGGCCAUUUCAAGUAAUAACACCAACAUAAUGAAUUUCCUAGUUCUGUCAAUUAUAAAUAACAAUAUAAAAAACUUGUGUUAAGUUUUCACUGUUGAUAGUUCUGUUUAGGGGAUCAGCUAACAACGUACUUCCUUCAUGUUUGAUAUUAAACCAUAAAUUUUAAUUAAAGUUUCCUUUUCUUUUGGAUUGAAAAAAUGAAAUUCCUAUAUUUCUAGCUCAGUGUGCCUUGUUUAUUAUCUCGUCUUGAAUGGUAC